AUGAUUGGCUACCUGAAGUGGGCGCUUAGCCCCCUAGCGCUCGCCUUAACCCUCCUGGUCGACCGGCAUUUCCGAACUAGCGUGACAAGCGAGAUGAUAACAGAGAUACCCCGAAACAAUAGUGCAGCUAUGUAUAAAGACCUCGACGGCGGUACAUCUCCUCUCGCGCAAUCGUCCUCCUUCGCCAUCCCAACAGCUACUUGCCCCAAGACGCGAACCUUUUCCCUACGUCGCACUAUGCGUAUCUACUACGGAAAGAUAGACUUCUCCCCUUACGCCGUCAAUGAGCUAUUUGUUCUAGUCUUUCCUGCUGAUUUUCUCCUCAAGGACGCCGUCUGCGCAUACUGGCAAUGGACUAAAGACGGCAGGGGCAACCCCAAGGUCAACUACACUCAGUCCAGUGUCAUUACCGGCGUGAACACGGGCGAUUCAGACGGGGCGCUGCGACUCGCAUUCAUUUUCGAGAACUUUUACUCCUUCGACGCUACUGUGUCCAAUGACGCGUCAACUCUGCAAGUAACCAUGAGCGAUCCUGCUGGCGCCAAGUCCGGUGUCAUGACUCUGCGCCAAAGCUACUUCGAUCGGAACAAGAUUUCUGUCAGCAAGAUCUUCGCGGGCAAGAUUUCGUGGAGUUAUUAUUUAUCGGACGAAAUGAUCAUCGCAGCUCUCCCUAAUGGUUCUGUCGUCAACGAUGGUGACCAAAUUUGCCUCUAUUUCCAGUGGACAAAGGACGCGAGUGGGGUGUAUAAAUCCAACAAUUCCGUUGUCAACAAGCUUUACUCGGUAGCCAAUUUAUCGGAUGGCCAGUCGACAAUGCAGUUCCUUUCGAAUGACCAGUACUAUACGUGGAGCGGCACCCUCUCCGCAGACGGCGACACCCUCACGUUAGAAAUGCAAGACCCAUCAAAGAACGCGGGAAGAUCGACCUUAGAACGAGUCGGGCCAAUGACGAAAGCAUCCAGGAAGGCCCUUAUCGUUCGAUAUGACACUGGAACAGACUCCGGCAUCUUCGAUGUCCAGAAACUUCUGACCAAUACCCUUGGUCUUGACAGGAAGAGCGUCACGAUGCUGUAUUACAACACAGAGCCAAAAAAUAGCGACAGGACCUGUACCAGCGGCCAAAAGCCGCCUACGGCCACACGAUUCAAAGAGGAGUUCAAGAACCUCCUCAGGAAUGCGGUGCGCGGGGAUGUUCGGUUCCUCUACGUUGACGCCCACGGAAGUCCAAGGGAUGCAGGCGACAGCUCUGGAGAGAAAGAUCGCGUCGACGAAGGAUGGAAACUUGCGAAGGAUGACAAUGGCCGUCAAGCCGAGGUCGUUUAUGACAAUUGGCUUACGACUGUCAUAAAAUCGAUGCUUGGCCCUGGAGUCAAUCUGACUAUCCUCACAUCCUCGUGCCUAGGAGGCGGUAUGCUCGACACUCACAACGGCACUCCAGGUGUCCUCCUCGCCGGAUGCCACGAAACACAGACAAACGUCAAGGCGUUUAAAGGGAAGGACCCCUGGACAGCAGCCAUUAUCCAUGUUGUCGCAGGACACCAGAAGAAAAAGCGCAAUCUGCCAACCUAUGCCCAACUUUACACAAGCGCAAAGAAGUACAUCAUCAGCCUCAUGCAGAACGGAUACAUCGGCGGCAAGUUAUACCUAGGCCCAAGUAAAGAUGAAACAAACCCCGAGCCGUACCGAUCCAGCGACGGCUCAAGCCACCAAGACCCUCAGCUAGUGUUUUGUCAAGACUAUAUCAACGUCGACGUCGAUCGGUUCUUAGCUCCCUUUGCCGAAUGGGAAACCCAGACAGCGAGCAUGAAUCUGGGACCAGCAGUGCGUUUCCCCAAAAACGAGUUAUGA